AUGGCCAAAUCGAUUUCUCUGUUUUAUUUGGUAGCUGGAGCUUUGCAGAUCAUGGGUGCUGCUUCGACUACCAUUACAACACCAUAUCCAGCGUCUCUUACUGUUGACGAUGAUGAUCUCAAGGCAAAUUCAUUGGCAAACAUCUACCUUGAUUAUGGCAACCGAGACAUCCAAGGCACCUUGACACUUACCUUUGGGGACUGUGUGGAUGAUUUAGAUACACCAUACACCACGUUCAUAGGAUCCACUGAUAUAUCCGACAAGUUUAAGCCCACCAAAUUCGUAUGGGCCACUCCUGGGUAUACCAAAUCAGGUUGCAUUUUUGCCAUCGACGAUGAGGGCAAAGUCUUUGCCAAGAGUGAAAGAUACACUAUAUCAUCCAAAAUGAGCAAACGUGGCCUUCCUGAGUUUGAUAAUAUGCAUUUUGAUGCAGUCAAUUUUCACAAGACCCAAACAUCAAAUCAUGGCAAUAUGAUUGCUGCAAGUGACAAAUCAGAGAGUAAGUACUACUACUUGUAUGCAUGA